UUGUAUAUGACCCCACGAGAAAUGAAUAUCAUUUGAUUCAUUCUUGAUAAGACCGCAAUUAAAUGAUAAAACUUGUGGUAGCUCGAGGGCAUUCUGGUGAAAAAUCGCGUGGGAAAACAAUGAAGGUUCCUUGUCUUUUUCAAACGUCGAAGCCAGAAACUGGAGGCGAAGUGUCGCUUUACUAGAGCAAGCAAGCAACUCCAAUUUCGCAUUGGUCUGUUCACGUUGAACCAAAUUCUCCAGAAAUGUCGCAAGCAGUUCGGAGGCCGAGAAUAACCCACACUGCCGUGACGGUUCGUCCCAACUUUCGCAAUCACCAGAUAAGAGGGACGCGGGAAGCCUGGAUGUCAUUUCAAAGACAACGUCCAAUGUUAGUGCCGGGAACUGGCGCAAGAAGCUGGCCUAAUUCAAGGCCCGCUGGAUUGUCUACUUUAGAAAUGGGCUUCAACAGACGCGCAGUGUCCACCACAGAAUCGCACUCACGAAAUCUUCCACCAAUGGAAUACAAUCUGCGGCCGGGGAACAGGAAAGUUGGGAUUAAAGCCGAAACAGGAGAUAAAGGACAGCAGGCUUGGGCCAAGACAUGGGCUAGAAUGCGUGCAGAACAAACUAAUGUACAUGCAAAAGGCUGCACAAAUCACAAGCGUCGAAACCCAACAAUAAGCCGCCUGACAAACACAGGAUUAACAUCAGCAUGCAAGAGGAACGAGAUCGUAGCGAUGAAUGAAAAGGAAGCAAUGGUGUACAAGAGGUUAAAAGGAAUCUAUGCCAAUUCUACAGAUAAAUCAGUUAGGGCUCAGCGAUUAAAAGACAAUAUAAAUUCACUGCAGUCCAGAACACUGCAUUCUGAGAUAGACCACAGCUUGAAAGAGUACAAGAAAAGAGAAGAAGAGGAUAAGAGGAACCGGUCAGAACUUAAACGUCUAAGAGAAAGGUAUUCGCGCGAUAAAGAUCGCAGGAAUAAAAGAUCUUAUUUGAGUUUGAACGCAUUAGAGUCACCCCAAGUGUCACGCCAUGCUUAUGGGUUACCCGAGGAAGGACAUGAGCAUAUGCAAUCCGGAGUCACGCAACAAGCUCAGGAAAGGUUACGUGACAUUUGGCAAAGUGCUAUGAAGCGGGCCGCGUUGGUUGAUAAAAUAUUAAACUCAUGGACGCAACAAAAAGCACCUUUACCUGAAAUUAAGAUAAGAAGGCAAAGUGUGUCCCAUAAAGAAGCGAGAAGGCCGAGUGACGAAGAAAAUAUAGAGGACAAAUUGCGCCGAAACUCCAAAGAGACUGUCAAUCAGCUUGAAAUGAUUUUAGGAGAAAUAGAUGUUAUGUCAACAGUUGUGUCGGACUCAGACGAAGAAGACCCUGAAGACAGUGAACAGGACAUUGUUUGAUAUUAUAAACAUUUGAAAGUUUCAUUUGAAAUUAAUUUCCAUCGCUUUAUAUUUAUCUUACUCCACAACAAAUCAUGUGACGAGGAAAUAAACGAAUCAUUCGAAAGCU